AUGAUGGACAUGGAGGUGGCAGAAGGCACACCCUGGCUCGAUCAGCCGGUGAUGCUUCAUUCAUCUCGCGCCGACAAAUGCAAAUUGACUGAAACUCAAUGUCUCUAUCGCAACUAUUCCUGGCGAUACUGGUACCAAGCCGACCAUGUUUAUGCACUAAACACAAUCUACUUCAUGUGUGCGGUGAUUGGAGUGUUCACAAUCUCAAACUUGCUUGUACGACUCGCUCCAGAUAGAGUGAAACGGACUAGACCAUGGCGAAUGUUCACUUCCGUCUCACGAUACUUGUCUUAUCGUGGAUAUCGAUUGCCUGCGCUACGAUAUUGGUCUCCGGCACUGGGUGUGGUAAUUCUGGGGACUGUUGGUGCUGUAUUCUUCUUCGCGAUGACACUCGGCCCACAACCUUACUACUGGCCGACGGAUGCUUCUUAUGGAAGUAGCCCUCCGAUUGCGACUCGAUCGGGCUGGAUGGCUCUUGCAUUGCUUCCGUUUGUACUGGCACUGAGCACGAAAGCCAACAUGAUCUCUGGAGUGACUGGUAUUCCGCAUGAGAAACUUCAAGUGUUCCACCACUGGACUAGUUAUGCGAUGUUCGUGUUGGCCUUGAUUCAUACAUUCCCGUAUAUCAUAUAUCACAUCAGAAAAGGGGACAUGAUGCAUCAGUGGAAGACAAGUGUAGUCUACUGGACAGGAGUUGCGUCUCUCAUCUCACAGACAUAUCUAACCCUCAUGUCUUUGCCAUUCAUUCGAUUCUAUGAAUUCUUCAAAGCCACGCACAUCUUUGUGGCGGUAGUAUUUAUCGUGUUCUUCUUCCUUCACUGUGAUUUUCGGCUCUCUUCCUGGGACUACUUCAUAGUCUCGGGCGUGAUCUACUUCCUAAGCCUGAUAGCCAGCCAUACCCGUACUUAUCUAAUUCACGGGGUCCACAACGCAACCCUCGAACUCCUCCCCAGCGGUCUUGUCCGCGUGGCAGCCCCAUCAAUCAUCAAAUGGACCCCCGGCCAGCACGUAUUCGUGCGCUUCCUCACAUCAGACCUACACCUACUCACCGCCCAUCCCUUCACCAUCUCCUCCGCAUGUCGCAAUCCAGACGAAAUAGGCAAAGCCUCAGAACUAAUAUUCUACAUUAAACCACGCGGCGGUGUUACCGGGCGCCUUAGAGCAAUGGCCGCCAAGGGUCCAGGCUGCACGAAGAAUAUCCUAAUAGAGGGACCUUAUGGCGGCGUCAGUGAACCCCACAUGGCGCAAUUCGACACGAUCCUAGUGAUAGCCGGCGGUUCGGGAGGUGGACGAAGCACUCCGGUUGACGGGGAUGAACGCACCGGCAAGCGAGAAACGAUCACCCCCCGGCGGAACCUCCAGGUCGUCUUCUCGACCCGUGACCACGCCAUGGCAGAUUGGUAUAUCGAGGAGAUCGAAUCACGGCUCUCAGAAUCGACCAUGGUAUCCGCAGACUCGGACAACGGAUUCGAGACUGCGGUGUCUGUGCAUGUCACUGAUCAACGGAGAUCGAAUAUUUCCUCGACUUCGGAGUCGGACGAUGUGAAGGGCACGACUGGCAAGGUGCCGCCGGCUGAGACCACUACCACGGGAAGUUUUAGUUUGAGUGUUCACCGCUAUGCUCGGCCUGAUAUUCCUGGCCUCGUUGCACGCACUGUUGCGAUGGCACAUGUUCAAGGGACGCAGCUUGAGAAGAAACAGCGGGUUGGGGUUUUGGUUUGUGGUCCUGCUUCUAUGCUGCAUGAUACUCGAAAUGCAGCGGCUUUGGCGCAGGCCAGAGUGCUUAGGGGCGAGGUUGAGGAGCUGUAUUUGCAUUCUGAGCCUUUUGUGUAA